GACAAUUGCGAAUUAGAAAUUGGGGAUGAAGUGGCUUUAGCGGUGAAUGGUGAUAAAGCCUUGGAUAUUAACUUUACUGAAGACCUCCGAAAAGCAGAAUUUUUCUUUAAACCCUUUUUCUUUUUGGGAGCAUUCCAUUUUUCAGAUCUUCAGAUUAGCAACAAAAUCCUAAUGCUGCAACAGCACCAUCAACAGCAACACCACCACCACCUCCAGUCCGCGAUCACCGCGGCACCACCGCCGUCGGCGACGACUUCAACGCCUCCUUCAUCAACCACCGGGGAGGCACCGCCGAAGCAGGUGGCUCUAGCGAUGGAUAGACUCGGACAGGCUGCGAGACUCAUCGCUGAUAUCCGCCUAGGUGCUGAUCGACUUCUCGAAGCCCUAUUUGUCGCUUCGCAGCCGCAUCAAAGCUCGAAACCUCUCCACUUGUUCCGCCAAGAAGACGAGUCAAUGCGCCAACAUCUCCAAGACCUCCGCACCGUUGGAAAGCAGCUGGAGGAAUCUGGAGUGUUGAAUGAGUCACUUAGGUCAAGGAGUAAUUCUUGGGGUUUGCAUAUGCCAUUAGUAUGUCCUGACGGUGCCGUUGUGGCUUAUGCUUGGAAACGACAGCUUGCUGGCCAGGCUGGUGCAUCUGCUGUUGACCGGACAAGGCUUGCUCUCAAAGCCUUCACAGACCAGAAAAGGCGAUUUUUUCCUCACCUUGAUGAUGAAGAGGAUGGUGAGGGUACUGACACUGCGUCAAAGAAACACCGCAAUUUGCCAGCUCUGGCAGAAGACAAUCAAGAUAAUCUUAGCGAUUGUAAAACAUUAUCUGAUGUUUUGACUAACUUGGAGAAAGAAAUACCAAAUCUGAAAGUUUCGACUUAUGAAAGACUGGAUUGGUUGAAAAGAGCUUCUUCAUUGCCUGCUUCAGCAAAUGAUAAUACCAUGGAGGCACCAAAACAUAAUUUUCACAGCACAAGUAUACUUAGACCAGCACUCCAGAAUGUUGCUUCUAUGGAUAAGGUUGCUGUAAUUGAGCUGUUCUUUCCUUCUAUCUUCAGAGCUGUAGUCUCAUUGCAUCCAGCUGGUUCAACAGAUCCAGAUUCAGUGGCUUUCUUUUCUCCGGACGAGGGCGGCAGCUACAUGCAUUCUAGAGGUUCUUCGGUCUACCAUGUAUUUAGACAGAUAACGGAGCACGCUACUGUUGCCCUCCAGUAUUUCCUUGGAAUCAGAAGUAAAACAGCAUUGCAUUCUCUUUUGCACUGGAUAUGCAGCUACCAAACUUUAUUCACCAAAGUCUGCAACAAAUGCGGACGGCUAUUGGCAAUGGACAGGCAAUCAGCUUUAAUCUUACCUCCUGUCCAUCGUCCUUAUCGAACUCUUUCGGUUUCAAAACAUUCAUCGACUCAAUCUAUUUCCUCAACAUUAGAUCAAGGUUCUAAUGCCCCUGAAGCUUAUCAUAUCGGUUGCUUCUCGGAUAACACGUAAGUUCACACUUCUUUCUGUUAACCAAGGUAGAUUAGCUAAAGCUAGGAAAGAGAAAGAUCAAAUUGAUACUAGUGAGUGAUGAAAACAAGGUUUCUAUAUUUACUUACUUUAGGUGAUCGAAUGAGAAUGAUUUAGUGGAUGUGUAAGAAACAUAGUGUAUUUUUCAUCUCUAAAUUUAUUGUUUCUUUGUGUUCC